AUGGAACCUCGACGGUUAGAAGAUGUAACCGAUGCCGAAAGAAUCCGAAAAGAGAUCAAGGUAUUACUACCACAAGUCACAAUAAUUGAAGAGGAUGAAAAAGGGAAUAAGAAGUACGGCGGGGAUGCGCUUUUGGUGUUGAUUUCUCGUAUGAAAACCGCCCUCGGUAUUGAUGAGAACUGGGAAGGACGCUUGAGGUAUUGGAAGAAUUCUACAAAACUAAAUCUUCCCAACUCGGCAUACCUUAUUCCAAUACCGAAAGGAAUUGAAGUGAACGGGUGGUUAUUGAAGGAAGGAUGGUUCGUACAGAUCAAUAGUAACCCAGUUGGGGUGGGUGCGGGUACGACUACGCUGGUCGUUGCGCCUCGCUGA